UUGGUGACAGCAGUCUUGCUUUGUAAAACGCAGAGGAAAUGGCAUUGGUAUGAAUUUUUUAUGUAUUUAGCAUGCUGUAAGCUCUAGAUCUCCUUUCGUGCUACAGAAUAAUAUCCCUGCUGCAAGAUGAGCUGGUCUUUUCUUCGAGACAUUUUAAGUGGGGUCAAUAAAUAUUCAACUGGUAUUGGACGGAUCUGGUUGUCAGUAGUCUUUAUAUUCCGGCUCCUUGUGUACGUUGUUGCAGCAGAAAAUGUUUGGAAAGAUGAACAGAAGGAGUUUGAGUGCAACAUCCGACAGCCAGGGUGUGAAAAUGUCUGUUUUGACCACUUCUUCCCCAUCUCUCAAGUAAGACUUUGGGCACUACAGUUAAUAAUGGUGUCUACACCCUCGCUUCUUGUGGUACUACACGUAGCAUAUCGAGAAAGCAGAGAGAAAAGGCACAACAAGAAGCUAUACGAGAACCCAGGAAGCAUGGAUGGUGGCUUGUGGUGUACAUAUGUUAUCAGCCUCAUCUUCAAAACAAUGUUUGAGUUUGGUUUCCUUAUUCUCUUUUACAAGUUAUAUGAUGGGUUCAGCGUUCCACGGCUGGUGAAGUGCGACAUGGAUCCUUGUCCAAAUACUGUGGAUUGCUAUAUAUCCAAACCUACAGAAAAAAAGAUUUUCCUGUACUUUGUCGCUGUUACCUCACUACUCUGUAUCUUACUCAAUGUUUGUGAACUGAUAUAUCUCAUCUACCAGUAUUUUACUAAACAUUGUUUUAAAUGCUAUGGACAAAAACAGACUUUGGCGCAGUGUAACUGCAAGCAUCAAGAAAACACAAACCAGGAAUUGACAUCACAGUUGCAACCAACUACUGGUGAUUCAAUAGAUAAUUAGUAAACUUAUGAAUACAAAAACCAACAUGGACUCUAUAGUUAAAUUUUUUUCAGGUUUUAUAAUGGACUUUUCUUGUUUUUAUAGAUUAAAAAGACAGGUGCCACAUACAGUACAACCUUUAAAGUGGAUUCACGUAUUGGGGGCUAGUACUAAUAUUUAUGAGCCUAUAGCCUAGCAUUUCACUAGGAACCUGUACCUUGGGAACUGAAGUCAACUCUGCAGCUAGGCUCAUCUUCCUCUCCCGCCGCUCCACUUCUGCCACUCCCCUUCAACAAAAUCUACACUGGCUCCCAUUCCCCUACAGAAUCCUCUUCAAACUCCUCACCCUCACAUACAAGGCCAUCUUUAAUUCCACUGCUCCCUACAUCUCCAACCUCCUCUCCCUUCAUACUCCCUCCCGCCCACUACGGUCGGCUGAUGACCGUCGCCUCUCCUCUGCCUUGGUCACUGCUUCCCAUGCACGAGUUCAGGAUUUUGCCCGUGCUGCACCCCUUCAGUGGAAUGCGCUCCCCCGCUCCAAUAGACUCUCCCCGACCUUGCAAAGCUUAAAAACGGGCAUUGAAAACCCACCUAUUUAUCAAAGUGUACCCCUCCAAUGCAUAACCUAGUCCUUAGGCUGCUCCUCCAUCCCCUUGCCCCAUGCCUUGGACAUCUCUGCUUUGCUCGCAUACCACCAUCAGGCUUCUACCUGCUUGCACCUCAUGUCAUCUGUCUGUUGCCCCUCCCCACUAGAUUGUUAGUUCUUCAGAGCAGGACCCUCUUUCCUCUUGUCUAAACCCUCUUCUUGACACAUUUCACUCAGCGACCAUCUUUACCUGCUUUCUCUCCUGCUGGUAAAGGCUCAUCUCUAUCUAUGGCCGCCAGCCCCAAGUAGUACAAUGAUUACUCCUUCGCUACUUACAUCUAAGCUGUAUUAUGUUUUGAGAAUUGUGUUGCUCUUUGUUACCUGCACUCCAUUUUUGUUAUUUAUUUACUGUUAUGCUAAGUUUUGUCUCCCUGUACUGUCCUUUGUACGGCGCUGCGAAACACUUGUGGCGCCCUAUAAAUAAAAUGUAAUAAUAAUAAUAAUAAUAAACAUUAUGCUGAGAAACGGAGAUAAAACUCACCUUUAGACAGACCAAUAAUCGGACGUUGCCAUACACUUAGAUAAUUGGUCUCCCUCUAAUCUGAGCACCAAAUUAUGGCAUCAGUCAGGCAUGCCGAAAGAUAUUUUAUACCCGACUGAGUGAUAAUUGGUGCUCGGUCGCGACCAUACAUUGCAGUUAUUAUCCAGCUAAUAAUUGCAUAGUGUAUGGCCUUUAGUAAGGAAGUGUCUCAUUAAAGAACAGGCCAUAUUGCCUUCAUUGUGACAGGUCUACUUUUAACAGUUUAUUAACAGAUGUUUAGGUGUAUAUAUAGAUCUAUUUAUCAUAGGACUUGUCUCACUACUGAAAGCACAAGCUAUACAGGAUCUUAAUAUGACAGCAAUACAGAUGAGUCCUUUUAAACUGUGGCUUCAGUCACGCAAAUAGCCCUCACAGCACGCCAGGUUCCAGGCGACUUAAGACUUUCUUGCUCAAAUUGUGCAUCUUAUUCACUAAAAUAAAAUAGGGAGCAACAAAAUGACAUUGCUAGAUUACAACGGUCAAUGUGAUGUGUGACAUGUGUACAGAUGUGUGCGAUGGUGUCUGAAUUUGUGCAAGAAGGGUUCCACUGGGAGCAGCUACUGCUUUUCCUCACGCCAAAUUUUAUUAUGCUUAAGCUGUGACUUUGUACACGUGUAAAACAAAUUCCCGUGUGGUUAUUUUCACAGCCUAUUGUCUCUAGAACACUUUCAGCAGGUUUUCUCCCAUUCUGCGAGGUGUAUAAAGCUCAAAAUAUAAAGAAAAUUACGGUAUAGUGCUUCGGGUUACUUGCAGGGGUGCCCUAGGUUGGUGGUCCAAUACCAAUUCAAAUUAUUUAAUCAAUGUGAUAGACAAACUCAGUGCUUGUGGCUCCCAAUCAUAAACUAUGUGGAUAAACAGAAGUGAAUCCAAUCCCUCACCACAUAAUUGAGCUUGAUAAAAAUAUUACAUUAAGUAAAUUGUGUUUAUCUGAAUUUCUCUAUAAGAAACUUUUGGCCUAGGGGGUGGCACGAAAUAAAUCUGAUACUCUAAGGCAGUUACUCAAAUAAGUUU